CUAAAAAUCGUGCUUACUCGCCAUUGCGAAAUAAAUGAAAGAAAUUACACAUACAAAUCUGCAAUUCUUAGCUGAUACUGGACUGGUGUUUGUUGGAUUUUUCAUGUUAGCAUUAAUUGAAGAUUAACUUGUGCAAACCACCUUCCUAUCAUUUUCUUUUUGAAAAAAAGAAGGUUUAAUUGAUAAAAAACAACAUCAGUACACAAACAAAAGGAUGAUGAAAUACUAUAAAGAUUUACCAAGAAGCAAAUUAAUGACUUAAGGUGAUAUUGAUUUGUCAUCAUAUCAUGAUGAAAGACUAACAUUCAAGUAUUGAAGAAUAUAAGAGAGUUUAAGAUUUGGAAGUACUGUUAUAUGUAUCUGAAUGUUGUGAAAUACAUGGUUAUAAAAGUGGCAAGAUGCAAACCAUUAGAGCAUUAUCUGUGAUAAAACAUACAAAUGUCCUUAGAACAUUUUGUCGAAAUGCAACAACAGGGGCGGAACGAAAGCGCCUCAUAAUUCUAGGGACAGGUUGGGGAAGCUUUAGCGUGCUUAAACAGGUCGACAAAUCCAAGUACGACGUCAUCGUGGUCAGCCCAAGGAACCAUUUUUUGUUCACACCUCUUCUAUGUAGCACCACUGUUGGAACUUUGGAGUUUAGAUCCAUAGUAGAACCAGUGAGAAAUACUGUGUUCCGACAGACGGACCAUUUUCACCUGUCUCGAGCGACCGGCAUAGACUUCAUCAACAGAGUCCUGCAUGUGGAAAGUGUACUGAAGUCUGGAGCAAAAUAUGAUCUCAUGUACGACAAACUGGUGAUCGGCGUGGGAUCACUGAGUAACACAUUUAACACCCCUGGAGUCAAAGAGAAUGCAUUUUUUCUAAAGGAAGUGGCUGAUGCAAGGAGAAUCCGUAACAAGAUCCUUAGCAACUUUGAGCUAGCCACACAGCCCUCUGUUACCCCUGAGGAGAGUGAGAGACUACUGCACAUUGUCAUAGUGGGAGGGGGGCCCACAGGGGUCGAGUUUGGGGCUGAAGUGUAUGACUUUGUACAACAGGACGUUUCUCGCUUGUUUAAAGCCAAAAAAGACGGAGUCUGUGUAACACUCAUAGAAUCCAAUGAAAUUCUCAGCUCGUUCGAUGCUCGCCUCAGAAAGUAUGCAGAAAAGAAAAUACAGGGCAGGAAAGGCUUCACCUUGAAAAGGGACUUUGUAACAGCUGUGCACGAGGAUCAUGUGCAUCUUAAGAGUGGAGAGAAGAUUCCAUGUGGUCUGGUGGUCUGGAGCACAGGGCUGGCUCCUAGGGACUUUGUCAGAGAGAUGGACAUACCCAAGAACGAGAGAGGGCAGAUCUUGACGGACCGAAACCUGAGAGUGCUAGGAGAUCCCAGUGGAAACGCUUUUGCUAUCGGAGACUGCGCUGACAUCAAAGACCUCACUCUACCUUGUACAGCACAGGUUGCCGAGAGACAGGGAAAAUACCUAGCACAGCAUCUUAAUACCGGUUCUACCAACAAGUUCUCGUUCACCAGUGCUGGCAUGCUGGCUUACAUCGGAGGGUACGAUGGACUUACUGAUGUACCCCAGACAAAACUGCGAGGAUUCCCCUCUUGGUUUCUAUGGCGAUCUGCCUACCUGACAAAGUUAGGAAGUUGGAGACUUCGUAUGCAGGUGCCCCUCGACUGGACUAAGACUCUACUAUUUGGCAGGGAUGUCUCACGAUUUGAAUAGAUGGCCUUAUAGUGGGUGUUCAUUCAUUAUGUGUAGUGGUAUCAAAGUUAUGAAAGAAUCCAGGCCCCAAUAUCACGAAAAUACUCAAGUCAAAUCUCAAUCUCGGUCUCAACUCCUUUUUAUCAAAUUACAGCAUCAUAUGAUUCAAAAUUGUAAAUGUCUGCAGCCUUUUUAAAGUCGCAUUCUCACAUUCAUUAUGUUGAUUAAAAAAUUUGGUUGAUAUUUUAUACAAAAAAAAAUUGAGCAAAAAUUGUACUUGAGUCCCAUUUAUUAUUUUUGAGUUUUACUCAAGUACAUUUUGUGCUAUAGAUUUUUUUUUUAGAAUAUUGAGCAAUCAUGUUAAUCAACAUAAUGCAUGUGAGAAUGUGCUUUAAAAGAUAGUAAAGCAUUAGUAAUUUUCGAUAAUGUCAUACUGUAAUGUGGAAAAAUGAGAUGAGAUUGAGAUUUGACUUAAGUAUUUUCUUGAUAUUGGGGCCUGGUGCCUCAACUUUUUGUCUUACCUCACAAAUGUUGACCUUAAAAAAAUAUACUGGCUACCCUUUUUAUGUACAUAAAACCAAACAGCCAGUGGCAUAUACUUGUUUUAACAGAUUUUUUGGAUUCAAGCUCUUAAAUUAUUUAUAUUUCAGUAGCUUUACUAAUUUUAAAUGCUUUUCAGCAAAAUACAGAAUAUUUUAUCACAUUUUCAAAUAAUUAUUGACAAUAAUUCUCUAAUUUGAACUAAUGAUUGCUUUAUCAUUGUCCCAAGCAUUUUGUUAAAAUUUCAUACAAAAUUAAAUCUUGCAAUAUCUGACCCUAUGAAAUGUGAACGAGUCCCUGUACGAUAAAGAUGUGAUUGUGCAGAGAUGUAUGACUGACGGAGACCAUUUGCUGACUGCUUAAGUGCUAACUUGAAAAUUGUGCCAUUAAAAUAUAUUGUUUGUAUUCUGAAAUUUCGAUUUCAUUUUUGGAUAAAAUCAGAUUAUAUUUUUAUGUGUCGAGACAUUCUUAUUUUUCACUUGAAUUUUAUAUGGAAACAACAUAUUCAAACAUUCUUUUUCAUUUUAUUUAAAAAUGAAUAUUUGUUAUAAAUGUUUUUAUGUCACCAGAUUUAAUUUAUAUGUUAACUAAUUUUAAGAAUUUCUGUCUCUCAUUUAGAUGGCUGGGAUGAUUUUUUUAAAUAUAUUUAUUAACUUUGUUAAGUUUUGUUUCCAUGUACAUGUACGUUGUAAUGUUUGUUUGGUCUAUAUACAUCCACCUCAGGCUAAUUAAAAUUCUGUUCUAAACAUCGAGUUCUUAUCUGAAUGGUGUCAUAGGUAAAUAAAUAGUGUGCUGUGUUUUCGUCAAGAAGUUAGUACAGUAGUAGUAAACUCUGGCUCCUUAUUGACUAUUAUCAGAUCAAAAUUUGUAUUUUCUAUACAGGGUUUUUUGUCAUGUUUAAUUUACAUCAAAGGAUAAUGAAAUAAAACAAUAAA